GAACAAGCUAGCCAAAGGAACUUUUGCGGUGGUCGGAAUCAUGUCUACUCUCGUCAUUUAUGGAAUAUUACAGGCAUUUAUAUUUUUGGAGAAAGUAUUUCACAGUGUAAGUGCUAUUUUGGAAGAUUACUAAUAUUAAGCAAUUGAAAUUACCAUCUCAAGAUAUGCAAAGACGUUUCAGGUAAAAAUUUUUGAGGGAAAGUUAUUCUCUCUUCAAACCAAUCUAUAGAUUAUGAGAAUGGAACUGCCGGGCAAAGCCCAAGGCCGUGGCUCUUCCUUUUAGCUUGAGAUUCUCGUGUCAUUCAGCAUCAACAAUGUCCGUUCAAUAUGGCCAGUUUGGUGUUGGACAUGAUAAGACACGGCUGUAGAUAUGAGACCUGUGUUGGAUAUGGUCUGGUCAACUUUCAUCUGGUAUUAUGGGUUUUGCGAACUAAACCAGCAGCUACAAUGUAGGACCUCCUUAGAGGAAAAGGAGAAAAGGUGGAGAAGAAGAGCAUACAUUUGUUUGUUUGUUAGUUUUUUCUUGAGUCAGCCAGAAAACAAAUAUGUAAAAGAAGAAAAACUGACGCUUUUAUAUUUUUUAGAGAAUUUUAGUGAUUGUAUAGUAAAUUAAUGUAUAAUCUAUGUGCAUUCAACAUACUUGCUGUAUCCAUACGUCCUUUUAAGGGCCCAGGCAACGAAAACUUGGCAUACAGCUCAUAUAUGAGCUGAUACCUGACUCCGUCUAUAAUAGUGUCGUUUACACUUCACUCAGUGGGCUCCAGCAUAGCCUGUUCCAAGCAAAGAUUUGAAGGUUGUCUAGUGUAGAAAAAGUCUAAUUAUGUUGAAUCUUCUGGACUUGGAUAAUCUCAUCUAGUCAACCUCAAUUAGUUCCAGAUUAAGGUGUAGUUGAUUAAUUGAUAAUAUCAAUCAGUGGGCCCACAUCUUGCGAAAAUAUUGAUUCUCCUCAAAUAGCUUACAGAUAAUAUGCAUAAAAAUAGUCAGUAAAUCACAUUUCUACUGAACUAUUAUAUUUUACAAUCUACUUAAAAAAAUAGUUAUCUUCUACAACUAUUCUCUCUGAAGUUGAAGCAAAACAUACUUAAAUCCAUACCAUAACUGGGCGUAUGAAUUUUACCAACCCUGUUAUGUCAAACUGUCUUCGCAUAUGAUAACAGUUUAUGGCUUUUUCGUUUAUGUUUUCAUAAAAAAAAAGAGUUUAUGGAUUUCCCAUUAGUUAAUAAGAGUUCAGUUUGGGUAAAGUCCUACUGUAAGUACUACGCCACUAUCAUAUGACUCAUGUUUUGCAUUUUCUGUUCAGUAUGGUACUAAAGAGUAAAGACUAAUGACCUUUUUAUCAUAAGUAUUAAGACGCUAUCACACGGCUCAUAGUUUGUCUUUUUGGUUCAAUAUAGUGGGUACUAAAUACUAAUGACAGUUUUAUCUCUCUGCACACUUUGUUGCUUCUUAGUUACUCGUCAUUUAAAAGGCUUCAUAUGUUUUUGUUAACAGUUUAAAGACUCACAGUACCUUGUGGAAAUCCAACUGUUGAUGAUGACCUCUCUAGGAUCUAAUUCCUUGAAAUGCCCCCCUCCCCCCUCCGGAGGCCUCUUUUCUAAGUGAAAAUUCGAUUUAAUCUGAAAGGGGAAUCUCUGUAGCUAAUCAGGAAAAGAUCAUGAGAGUUCCUUACGGGCCGCAAAAAGAAUAUUUUACAUUCUCAUUAUUUCUUGUCUUUUGCAAUCGGAUUACCACGUCUGCAGUCUCUGCCGGAGUUUUAUUGGCAAGUAAGAAGGCCUUGGACCCAGUAGCCCCGCUCUAUAAAUAUUGUGUUGUAUCUGUCUCUAACAUCCUUACAACAACUUGUCAGUAUGAGGCUCUCAAGUACGUCAGUUUUCCUGUUCAAACCUUGGCAAAAUGUGCCAAGAUGAUACCUGUAAUGAUCUGGGGUACUAUCAUUAUGCAAAAGAAGUACAAAGGACAGGACUAUCUUGUGGCAUUCCUAGUAACCCUGGGUUGUUCCUUAUUUAUUCUGUAUCAGGCAGCAGGUGACAUCAGUCCCUUCAAUAGAGGAAGAGAAAGCACAGUCUGGGGAGUUUCUCUGAUGAUAGGCUAUCUUGGGAUAAACUUUUUAAAGGCUAUGAUAUGGAAAUACAGAAUCAAAUAUUCUAUACAACGGUCUGUUCUUGUCUUCUUAGUUUCAUCGAAGAUAAUAUGCUGGACCAUUUGGUUGUUCCAAUGUCUUCUUGCUGAGCAUGAUAAUAUCCAGUUCCAGUCUAUACCUGCCUGUAUGUUUUUCAUGUGCACCAUGGAGGGAAGGGUGUGGCUAUUAUUUUUAGGUCUAAUUUUACAAGGCAAUCUUCUAAUGGCGAUAGAUUUUGUAUCCCGCCAUCAUUACUGUUUCUUCGAUAUUGCUCUGCUUUCAACUGUAGCAACUGCAAGUCAAUUUUUUAUUUCUUAUACGAUCCGCACAUUUGGUGCUCUAACAUUUGCAACCAUAAUGACCACAAGACAGUUGGUGAGCAUUUUGCUGUCAUGCUUGUGGUUUGGCCAUCCUUUGGGCUGGGAGCAAUGCAUUGGAGCUGUUAUCGUCUUUGGAUCCCUUUAUGCAAGAACCUUCUUGAAGACUAAACAGAAGUCGCCGUCAUUGGAGAUGACUGAAACUAGAGCUUCAGGUCCUUCAUAAGGAAAUCUAUUAUGAAGUAAGUUGUGACCAUCGGAAUAAGUGAAUUGAAAUAGCUCUCUGCAACUUCGAUGCUGCUCGGAGAAAGAUGUAAUUAAACAGAGGCAUGAAUGGGAUUUCUUUUUGCAGAAUUCCAGAUGGAAGGCUACCUUGCUGUUAUUGCAUUACAACCUGCAUAUGAAAAUGGCAUAUGCAAUGGAGCAAGAUUUUACAAGCCUUCCUCAAAUCUUUGCAUGUUAAAUUGCCACCUCACUAAGCAACAGAAGUUCUAUGAUCUUUCGUUCAAUUGACUAUGGACUUCUUUUCCCACUUUUGGUACUUCAAAAAAGAUGUAUAAUAGACAGUAUGCAAUGCAUACUUGUUUUCUCUUCAGCAAUUAGGAACUGUACAAGUAGACAUCAGAAAAUGCAUGUGUUGUGGCUCUAACCUUUUUCAGCUUUAACACAUUAUCAGCUGGUGGCUUUCACUAGGAUCAUUCAUACGAGUAAUCAACGUGUAAAUUUGAUGAAGUGGAACAUGACAUAUGUAUCAAAUCGACAAAUAGCAUGUUUGGCCAA